ACUUAUCUCUGUGCCUUCCAAGAGGCCCUCAGUCCCGGGAUCCUCGCCAUGAAGGCACCCUCCCCUCUUGCCUUACUGAUCCCACUGCUGGUUGCCGCUGGUGGUGGCCAAGAGGCCCGUGGGCCCUUCUGGGUUCAAGUCUUGCCCCGAGAGAUAAGCGUAAUCCCUGGCAGUUCCAUUUGGAUUAACUGCAGCACAAGCUGUGCCCAGCCAGAAGCCUGGGGACUGAUCACUUCACUGACUCAGGGCAAAAAGGAGACAGGACCAGGAUGGGCCGCUUUCCAGUUGCUGGAUGUGAGGAGGUGGGCUUCAGCGGUCCGAUGCUUCUUCACAUGUGCGGGAGAAACCCAGGAGGCCACUGCCACAAUCAGGGCCUACAGCCCCCCGCGCACCGUGGUCUUGGAAGAGCCACCCCUCCUGGACUUGGGCACCGAGUACCAGUUCCGAUGCCGUGCAUUCUUUGUCUUCCCUCUGGAGACGCUAACUAUGAUCCUGAGCCUCGGGGGCAGGGUCCUGUGGUCCACUAGCUUAGCUGGAUCCGGUUACCGCCUGGACUCAGCCAAUGUGACCUGGACCUUCACACUCCACGCCCGCCUCCAGGACAUAGGGCAGCUCAUGUCCUGCCAUGCACAGCUUAACCUAGACGGCGUCCUGGUCACUCGAAGCUCCAGGCCCGUGAAACUCCACUUCCGAGAGAACCCGUUGUCUCGAGUGGUAGCCUGGGGCGCCUUAGCAGCCCUGGCUGGGCUCCUGCUUCUUAUGGCUUCAGGUGUGUUCCUCUUGCAGCCCAGGGGCCAGCUGCAGCCAAAAGGCGCCUGCCUCCGCCAGGUGGAAUCCCAGCUGAGAAGGUGUUUGGGACGUUGA